CUCUCAUUGUAGUCUCUCUCGUCCGUAUUCUAUCUCACGUUGGCGAUUUUUUUGAGACCAGAACAAAAGCUUCAUCCCUCUUAGGUGAAAACUUUUAUAAGGUUUAGGAAAAUAUGGAUGGUUCAGAGGAUGGUGCGGUUCUUCAAGAGCCUCCUGACCCGGAGGUGCUCGAAGUUGAUCCAACAAAUCGAUAUAUACGGUAUAAAGAGGUUAUCGGAAAAGGCGCAUUCAAGACUGUUUACAAGGCCUUCGAUGAAGUAGAUGGGAUUGAAGUAGCGUGGAACCAAGUACGAAUAGAUGAUGUUUUGCAGUCACCAAACUCCCUGGAGAGGCUAUACUCUGAAGUGCGUCUUUUGAAAUCAUUAAAGCACAGUAAUAUCAUCAGGUUCUAUAACUCAUGGAUCGAUGAUAAGAACAAGACAGUUAACAUCAUAACUGAGCUUUUCACUUCAGGGAGUCUCAGAAAUUACCGCAAGAAACAUAGAAAGGUGAACAUGAAGGCGGUCAAGUGUUGGGCGAGACAGAUUCUAAUGGGUUUGAGAUAUCUUCACACUCAAGUGCCACCCAUUAUCCACCGGGAUCUCAAAUGUGAUAACAUCUUUAUCAAUGGAAACCAUGGAGAAGUGAAGAUAGGUGAUCUUGGUCUAGCCACUGUCAUGGAGCAAGCUAACGCCAAAAGUGUCAUUGGAACCCCAGAGUUCAUGGCACCUGAGCUUUACGAUGAGGACUACACCGAGCUAGCUGAUAUCUAUUCAUUUGGGAUGUGUAUGUUGGAGAUGGUGACGUUUGAGUAUCCAUACUGUGAAUGCAAAAACUCUGCUCAGAUAUACAAGAAGGUCUCAUCGGGAAUAAAACCUGCUUCACUCUCUAGAGUUCAAGACCCUGAAGUAAAGCAGUUCAUUGAGACAUGCUUACUUCCUGCAUCAGAGAGGUUAUCAGCAAAGGAGCUUUUGUUAGACCCUUUCCUUCAAGUGAAUGGUUUAACGAUGAACAACCCUUUGCCUCUUCCCGACAUUGUAAUGCCGAAAGAAGGUGCGUUUGGAGAGCGUUGUCUUAUGUCUGAAGGCCCUCCUACAACACGGUGUAGUAGAUCCAUGUCUAUUGAUCUUGAUGAAGACAACAACCUGCCGAUUGUUACGUUUAGUGACAACUCAGGGUCUAGGUGUAUUGAGGUUAGACGUGCGAAGAGAGGGAACUUCUUUGUACUCAAGGGUGAAGAAAAUGAUGAACACUCUGUCUCGUUGAUUCUACGAAUAGUAGAUGAGAAUGGAAGAGUGAGGAACAUUCAUUUCUUGUUCUAUCAAGAAGGUGACACUGCUUCUAAGGUGUCGAGUGAGAUGGUUGAGCAGCUUGAGUUAACUGACCAGAACGUCACGUUUAUAGCCGAACUAAUUGAUAUUCUCCUUGUCAACAUGAUACCCACGUGGAAAACUGAUGUUACGGUUGAUCAUCUCAUUCACUCCCAGCUGAAUCAGAGCUCAAGAAGCCAUCAGAAUGCACAUAGACAAGAGGAGAGUGCUGCUUUUCAUGACGUUUGUGAAUCGGUUCGACACUCGUGGAACUCUGAUUGUCGAAGGUCGGAGGAGGAAUAUAAGCAGUGUGUGGAUGGUGUUAAAGGGGAAGACGGGAGCCGCAAUCAAGAAGAAGCAGAGGAGGCAAUUGAUCCGGUGAGGUUGGAGGAGGAAGAGAGGUUGAGAGAGGAACUGGAGGAGAUAGAAGCAAAGUAUCGGGAAGAGAUGAAAGAGAUAGGAAGGAGAAGAGAAGAAGCGAUAAUGGAGACAAGGAAAAGGUUGUCUCAGAAGAAGACAGAACAGGUUGAAUGAGUAGCUUAAGAAUACAACAAAGACGUCGCUGGUGGUUUUUCUUUUCAGAGUUAAUUUGUUUCUUGAAUGCCAAGAAAACACUUGGCUCCCUGAAAGUGUAGAGUUUAUCUGCGUCGGGUUGUUUCUUAACGGUUGUGGUUAAAGAUUUUUGAUAUAUGGUUCGGAUGUUUGAACACAAGGAUGAUGUUAGAA